AUGUCCCCACCGUCCAGAAUCAACACCGACCAGACCGGCGACUGGCGUGCUGCACGGCGGCUGAUUCCCUAUCUCUGGCAAUACCGCGGCCGCAUUGCUAUCGGCCUGGUCUGCCUUAUUUUGGGUCGGGUUGCCAAUGUAACGGUGCCGAUUGCACUCAAGGGAAUUGUUGACGCACUUGAUAGCAGUAAUACCGCGGCCAUUCUGGUGUUGCCGUUAGCGCUGCUGGUCGGCUACGGACUGCUGCGAUUUGCUGCGAUUCUCUUCAACGAGCUGCGCAACAUGGUGUUUAUUAAGGCCAGCGUACAGAUUAUCCAGCGUGUUUCGACCGAAAUCUUCGAGCAUCUGCAUUUGUUGUCACUAUCGUUUCAUCUUGACAGGAAAACCGGGGCGCUGUCCAGGGAUGUAGAACGCGGCACCUCAUCGAUAACCUAUUUCCUGCGUAUUAUUGUUUUUAGCAUCAUUCCUGUGGUGUUUGAAAUCGCUGCCGUACUCUUUAUUUUGUGGCGGCAGUUCGAUCUUUGGUUUGUCGCGGUGACCCUGUCUAUUAUUGUCGUGUAUGUCGCGUUUACUUUCCUGGUCACGCGAUGGCGCACCCGCUUCCGAGUCGAAAUGAAUGCUGCCGAAUCCGCGGCGCAUACGCGUUCUUUGGACUCGCUGCUGAACUAUGAAACGGUCAAGGUCUUCGGCAACGAAACUCUCGAGCGCGAGCGCUAUACCGAUUCGUUGGAAGGUUGGGUAUCGUCUUCGAUUAAAAGCAAUUUCUCUCUGUCAUUCCUCAAUGCCGGUCAGGGUCUGAUCAUCGCCAUCGGCAUGACCGUUUUGAUGAUCAUGGCGGCGAGCGGUGUGGUUUCCGGUGAGCUGACGCUGGGUGAUUUUGCCAUGGUCAACGCGUUUCUCAUUCAGUUGUAUAUUCCACUGAGUUUUCUCGGUUCUAUUUACCGCGACCUCAAUCAUUCGCUGAUAGACAUGCAAAAGAUGUUUGACCUGAUUGACGUCGAACCUGAGGUGACAGAAGACACUGAUGCAAAGGACCUCGCACUUUCCCAGGGCGAAGUUGAGUUUGAUCGUGUCGGUUUUUGUUACACCGAUGAUCAGCCGAUUCUGCAGGAUGUCAGCUUUACCAUCCCCGGCGGUAAAAUGGUGGCGGUAGUCGGCCCGUCCGGUGCGGGUAAGUCGACACUGUCGCGGUUGCUGCUGCGCUUCUACGAUCCUGAUAGUGGCGCAGUCAGGAUCGACGGCCAGGAUGUCAGCAAACUGACCCUGACGAGUUUACGCGAAGUGAUGGGUGUGGUGCCUCAGGACACGGUCUUGUUUAAUGACACAAUCGGCUACAACAUUGGCUACGGAAAUCCUGAUGCGAGCCAGAAAGAUAUCGAGGAAGCAGCAGGCCUCGCGCAGAUAGACGGUUUUAUCCAGCAGCACCCUCAGGGAUAUGACAUUCUGGUGGGAGAACGCGGGCUAAAGCUCUCGGGUGGUGAGAAGCAGCGCGUCGCUAUCGCACGCACGGCAUUGAAGCGCGCCCGUAUCCUGAUCUUCGACGAAGCGACUUCUUCUCUGGACAGUCGUUCUGAAAAAGCGAUCCAGCGCGCCCUCGACAGAGUGUCCAAGGGCUGCACAGCUCUUGUCAUUGCCCACCGUCUAUCAACAGUUGUGAAUGCCGACCAGAUCAUCGUGCUUGAUCGAGGCUGUAUCGCUGAACAGGGAGCCCAUAGUGAAUUAUUGGCGAAAGACGGGCUGUAUCGACAGAUGUGGGAACUGCAAAGACAGAAUGACUCGGUACCCGUUGAAGUGUCUCUUUAA